AUGUUUUACUAUGUGAGCUCCGUGUCUUAUUUCAGAGUGUUUGAUGUUGGUGGGCAGCGUUCAGAGAGGCGAAAAUGGAUUCACUGCUUUGAUAACGUAGAAUCGAUCAUAUUUAUUACAGCUAUCAGUGAGUACGACCAAGUGUUGUUCGAAGAUGAAACAACGAAUCGUAUGAUCGAAUCAAUGCAGCUGUUCAACUCCAUUUGCAAUAGCACAUGGUUUCUAUCGACGGCAAUGAUAUUAUUUUUAAACAAAAAGGAUUUAUUUAUGGAGAAAAUAAAAAGGGUCAACAUAACUACUGCGUUUCCCGAUUACGAAGGUGGGCAGAACUAUGACGAAGCCGUGGCAUUCAUUAAACUUAAAUUUGCUGAGCUAAAUCUAAACCCAGACAAGAAGACAAUCUACAUGCAUGAGACCUGUGCAACAGACACAAAUCAGGUAGUGCAUUAG